UUGGGAAUACGCUUAAUGAAACAGAGAGUGAUAUGGCAAGAAUAGAUGAUGUUAUGAAUUAUGAGGUUGAUACCCAAUUUCAAGAAGGGGAAAAAGACCUUUUAAGUGAUAAUAAAUUUGACGAAAAAAAAUUGGUUGGAUAUUUUCAAAUGAAAAAUAUAACAUUUGGAUAUAAUACAACAAUGUCACCUCUUAUUGAAAAUUUUAAUUUGAGCCUUAAACCAGGAAGCAGAGUGGCUUUGGUUGGAGGUUCGGGUAGCGGAAAAUCAACUGUUGCCAAAAUUGCAUCAGGGUUAUAUGAACCGUGGGAAGGAGAAGUUUUAUUUGACGGAAUAAUUAGGAAGAAUAUUCAUAGAAACAUUAUGACAAGUUCACUUGCGGUAAUAGAUCAAGAGGUUCUUGUUUUUAAUGGUACAAUAAGUGAAAAUAUUUCAUUUUGGGACAACAUGAUAUCCGAAAAAAGCAUAGUAAACUCUGCAAAAGAUGCUGAUAUUCAUGAUGUAAUAGCUUCAAGGCUUGAUGCUUACGAUAGUGAAGUAAAAGAGGGUGGGGCAAAUUUUAGUGGUGGGCAAAGACAAAGAUUGGAAAUAGCCCGAGCCCUAGCAAAUAAUCCUUCUAUUCUUAUAAUGGAUGAAGCUACAAGUGCCCUUGAUCCAACAACUGAGAAAAAGGUAAUGGAUAACAUAAAAAAAAGAGGAUGUACAUGUCUUAUUGUUGCACAUAGAUUAAGUACAAUUAAAGACUGUGAUGAAAUUAUUGUGAUGGAAUUUGGCAAAAUAGUUGAAAGGGGCACUCAUUCAGAAUUAAUUAAACUUAAUGGAAUUGACACAAAACUUUUGAUUUUAGCUGCUUUUAUUGGUAGUUUGGUUGGUCUUUUAGUUCCUGUUUUAUCUGGUGUAAUGUUUGACGAUGUGAUACCAACCGCAGAUAGGGGUUUACAUAUUGAGAUUUUUACUAUUAUGAUUAUAACAGGAGUUGUUAUAGCGGGGCUUCAACUUGUACAGGGUAUUCUCCAACUUAGGGUAGAAUCUAAAUCAAGCAUUAACCUUCAAGCGGGUGUAAUGGAUUAUAUCUUAAGAUUACCCGUUACAUUCUAUAAAAAUUAUAGUGCCGGAGAUUUAACUAAUAGAGUUUUGAGCAUUAAUUCAAUCAGACAGAUUUUGUCAAACACAUUAAUAACAGCGGUAUUAAGUGGUGCAUUUUCUUUUGUUAAUCUUACAUUAUUAUUUUAUUAUGAUUCAAAAUUAGCAUGGGUAGGAAUACUAUUGGGGUUUAUCGCUGCUACAUUUAUGAUAGCAAUUGGGUUGUCAAAGUUGAAGUAUGAUAGGCAAAUUUCCGAAAAACAGGGAGAAUUACAAGGAUUUUUAUUUGAAUUCUUAUCUGGAAUUUCAAAAAUUAGGAUUUCAGGUGGAGAAAAAAGAGUUUUUAAUUUAUGGGCAGAAAAAUUCACAAAAUUAAAAAGAUUGGGUUUUAAUUCAGGUAGUUAUCAAAAUUUUGUAGAAACAUUUAAUAGCUCAUAUCCUCUUUUAACAAGUAUUAUAUUUUUCUCUUUUAUAUAUUAUGUGGUUUUGAAUUCUGAUGGCACAACAUCGAUGAUAAGCGUUGGAGCCUUUAUGGCUUUUAUUACUGCUUUUAAUAAAUUUUUGAAUGAUAGUUUAAGAUUAAGUAUGGCAGUAAUUACCUCUUUGAAUGUAAUUCCUUUAUAUGAAAGAGUUAAGCCAGUAUUAGAAGCAGAGCCUGAAUCUAAAGAAGAAAGCACGGAUCCAGGAGAAUUAGCAGGAGAAAUUGAAAUGAACUCUAUUUCUUUUAGAUACAUUCCUGAUCAACCACUAAUUCUAAAUAAUAUUAGCUUCAAAAUAAAACAAGGAGAAAUGAUUGCGUUUGUUGGAGCAUCUGGCUCAGGUAAGUCAACCAUUAUGAGGCUUCUUUUAGGCUUUGAGCAAGCAGAGUCUGGUUCUAUUUUUUAUGAUGGAGAAUCAUUUGAUUCAAUGAAUAAAGAAUUAGUGAGAAGGCAAAUAGGAGUUGUUUUACAAAAUGGUUCUCUCAUGUCUGGAAGUAUAUAUCAAAACAUUGUGGGAAAUUCUGAAUUAACACUUGAUGAUGCUUGGGAAGCAGCAAGAAUGGCAGGAAUGGAUGAGGAUAUAAAACACAUGCCAAUGGAAAUGCAUACAGUUGUGAGUGAGGGAGCAGGAACGUUUUCUGGAGGACAAAAACAGAGAUUAAUGAUUGCAAGAGCUAUAGUACAUAAGCCACGUUUAUUAUUUAUGGAUGAAGCUACAAGUGCGCUUGAUAAUAGAACUCAAAAUAUUGUUUCAGAAAGCUUAGAAAAACUUCAAGCUACUAGAAUUGUAAUUGCUCAUAGAUUAAGCACAAUAAAAAAUGCUGAUAGAAUUUAUGUAAUGGAUAAAGGUCAAAUUGUUGAAACUGGCACAUAUGAUGAAUUAAUGAAGUUAGAUGGUUUGUUCUCAACUUUGGCUAAAAGGCAAAUUGCU